CUUGUCAAUUCCACCGAUCAUUUGACAUUUCUGGAAAGUUUAAUUUGGUGGAAUUUCAGAAAAUUUUGUGCUGCUAAAAAUAAUUUUGUUUUAUAACUAAAAAAUGGCUAUUUCUAGACUGACGAGACUUGUAGUUCAAUCUAAACAUAUUGUCAAACAUGAGCCAGUAUUGUCACGAAGAACAGCAACCACUACUCCUACUGGCGCUAUACUUCCUGAACCAGAGAAAACACCCUUUGGCCUCCUUGGUAUCGUUUGUGCUGUCGUCCCUGGACUAUUGAUUGGAGCUGCGAUCAGUAAAAAUAUUGCCAACUUCUUAGAAGAAAAUGAACUCUUUGUGCCAUCUGAUGACGACGAUGACGAUGAUUAAAACACUCAUCAAUUAUUUGUUUUAAGCAAAAUGUUAAAUUAUUCCUAGGUUUAAUAAUACUUAAUUUAUAAAUAGUGGAGUUUAUGCAGGUACGCCAAUGAAUCAACUUGGAUUUGUUAUUAAAGAGUUUAUUUUGUGUACAAAAACCACAUUGCAAUAUAGUGACUUUGUGCUUGCACUUAAAAACAUAAUAUUAACAUAAUUGUUAAUCAAACAUUUUAAAUUGGUAAAGAGCUAUUAGUUGUAUUUACACCAUAGAUAUAAGUAGUUAUUUAUCUACAUUCAGUAAUGUACACUCAUUUGGAAAUUAAUCACAUUAUCUUUUAUCAUAAAAUUCAUAUUUUUAUCAUAGAGUAACUCAUUUCACAAUUCUGCUAAGCUAGUCAAUGUUACUCUCAAAACUUUAGUUAUUACACCCAGUUAGUUUCCAACUAUGCUGAGCCAAGUGUUUCAGAAAAAUCUGCUUAAGAUAUUUUGAUAUUAAAACUUUUAUUCAAACCUCUCUAACUGUUCUUUUUGUGGAGACCCAACUUACGGCCGAUCUAUCUCUAAUCUGUCUAUAAUUUUACUUAUUUUAACAACGUUGUUUGUCAAAAAUUAUAUGAGUUUUCCUGACAAAUAACAAUGUUAUUAACUUAUCAAUGGAUUCCAGAUGGAUUAAUAUCAUAUUAUUAUCAGCCAUUUUGAUCAGUUUUACCAUAGAGAUGAUCCAGCAAAGCACCUGGCCAAGCAUAGUGGGAAACCAACCUUAUGUUGAGAAAUCUCAAUAAACUUGUGCUUGUUAGAAAGUGUGGUGAAUAAAUAUAUUCAGAAAAUGGCA